GCCUGAGCCGCGAGCCCCGAGCUGCCAAUCGCGCGCCGUCUCCCGGCAACUUGGGAGCGCGCGCCGCCAGCGCACAAUGCCCGCCCACCUCUAGCCCAGGCGCUCAAGGGAAGGCAGGCAGUUUAGCGGAGAGAGCCGCGUUAGCCGCUCCGCCGCCCUACAGAGCUCGCUGAUUUCCCGAAUGGGAGGGGUUUUGAGCAAGCUCUGCCCCCCGCAGCCCAUCCCCGUUCCGGAGGCCAGGAGCCGGCGCCCGGCCUUCCUCGGAAGCCCCGCCCGCCCCGCAAGCCCCGCCCCGCCGGCUCCCUCGGCCCGCCGGGAUCGCAUUCCCCCUUCAGUACCCACUCGUUUCCUCGGGUCCCCUCGGAGGCCUCAUCGCCGGGUCUGUGGGACGUCACCACACCACUUUGGCAUAACACGUCCAAGACAAUACCCAAUCCAGCAGGGCCGGUAUUCCUGUGUGCUUCCCACGCUGUGCCGGAAUGGCGGUCACAGGAAGCGUGUGCUGUCUCAUGGUAGUUCCAGAGUGGUGUGCAGGCCUUCGACAGUGAGGAUCGCUCCUCCCGGGAGCAACCUGGCUCGUUUUCCAAUAGCAGCGCAGAUCCCUAAGGCCCCAUACCCGUGGUCAAAGGAGGCUGUUCUGCUUGCCCUCCAAUGUUGGAAGAGGAAGAAAAGGACAGUGGAGGAGGAGGAAGGCCAAACAUCUGCUGCUGGGCAGGAGGACAAAAGAAGGUGCCAUGACAGCAGUGGGAGUGGCCAUUCAGCUUUUAAGCCGGAGGUGGCCAACGGAGUCCCUGCUGCUUUUGUGCCUGAGCCUGGGCCUCUGCAGAGAGGCCUCAGUUCCCAGAGCUCAGAUGGCGAGCUGCGUAAGAGAACCUGCACCUCUGCUGUGAGCUGCUCGAAGGGCACGUGCACAUGUGGCAUCCGUAUGUCCAGCCGCAAUGCCAUUACCAGUUCCUACACUUCUACUGGAGGCAUCUCUCAGCUCUGGAAGAGGCGUCCCAGUGCCUCACCCUUCUCCAGUCCAGCCUCCUCCCGCUCACAGACACCAGGGAGUCCAGAAAAGAAAAUGAGAGAAGAGGACGGUCCUCAGGGAUCUGGCUCUUCUGCUCCGCCGGUAAACAAGGAGUCCCAGGGAGAACAGGAUACAACCACAUGUAGGGAGCAGAACUCCUGGGAUUCUCCACCUACACCCAGCAGCUCCCAGCCACACAGACGCAAGGUUCCCCUGGUGCCCUCCAGGCGAGGGAUCCUGCUGAUCUUGCCUCCAGCUCCCUGGAUCAGCGGCUCGAUCACGGUCGAAGAGUAUUACCAGGAGAAGCAAGCUCAGUCACAGUGGCUGAAGAGGAUCUUCGAGGAUAAGACUGGUAAGGAAUAUGGGUUAAUUUCACACUCCAGAGACAGUUCCCAGAACACCUGGCCUUCUGGGCCCUCUUGGCUCUUUACAGCCAGGGUCCCUCCCCGGCCCUCCUCAGACUCCAGGUACACAGCCCCUUUCUCGGGGCUGACCCCUGCCUCUCCCGCAAUACCAGCCAGUGAUGCCACCAACUCACCUCCAGCCUCUCAGGCUGAGACAUCUGCCAAACCCCAGGCCCCGCCUGCCCCAGGCCCCACCCUGAAGCCCAGUGUUCUCUUUGGAACGCUGAGCAGACCACCUGCUAACCCUUCUGCCUCGGCAGCUCCUGCUGUGUCUUCAGCACGUCCCAUGUUCAAGCCCAUCUUUGUGGCUCCACCUAAAAGUGGGAAGGAGGGUCCUGUGCCAUCCAGCCAUUCCCAAGUCACAACGGAGGCAUCUUCCAGCUCUGCCCACACCCCGACUACCAGCAGCCUCCCCACUUUCAGUCCUGUUUUUAGCAGCACAGGGCUACCUACAUCUUUGCCCUUGUCAACUCCUUCCUCCUUCAGUCAGACAACUACUUCAGGCACUAGCAUGAAUACCCCUCUGUACCCUGGCCCUUUCAGUGUCAGCAUCCCCUCAGCAGCGGCUUGGGGGACCAUCACCGGCACAGCCGCAGACUCCGCCCGGAAGGCUGUCUUUGGCUUUGGUGUGAGCAGUGUGACCAGCACUGCGAGCAGCAUGACCAGCCCCACUGCUUCCACUGCCCAGCCUGUCCUCUUUGGGUCCCCCCUUGCCUCUGCUGCCAUCUGCCCAGCCAUGGGCUCCAUACUCCAGUUUGGCACUCGGGCCAUGCCUGAUCCAACAACAGCCGUCACCUUCAGCCAGUCCCUGCCCGGCGCCAUCCAGACAGCUGCUGGCAGCAGCACCGCCGGUUUCGGUGGCUUCAGUGGCACCCUCACGACCUCUGCCCCCAUCGCCCCGAGCCAGCCUGCACUGACAUUAAGCAGCACUGCCACCCCAGCCUUCAACACUCCCUUUGGUUCCGGCACCAGGCCCCCCGUCCCGUCCUAUCCCGGAGUCACCCCACAGCACACGUUCGGAGCCACUGUCAGACAGCAGAUGUGGACUGAGCCAGCACUGGCCCCCAGCUUCGGCAGCUCCUUUCCUUUUGGAAGCUCAGCAGCCCUGGCCCCACCCCAGCCAGCCUUUGGCACCACCGUGUGGUCAGGUUUUCGUGGAUUGAAACCCGCAGCCUCUCUUUUUGGCACCAUCUCCAGCACCCAGUCAGCCUUUGGCAGCACCACAGCACCACCACCUCGGACGUUGAAGCUGUGA